AUGGCGCCCAAUAAGGCCGGUGGCGAUGGCAAAAGCUUAGCAAAGGAGCAACCACUCUUCAAUCCUACCAUCGAAGAAAACUGGCCGGAAGAACCAUCGUCGUUGGAAGAGCUGGAGCAAUGGAUACUGGCCACGAAAGAAGCACUGCUUGCAUGGGUCACAGCUGCCCGGCGGCGAGCAGAUGGAAAUCGAGGGCCUGAUGCAUCCGCGACUACCCAGGAAGUCCAAAACCACAUCGCCCAAGCAGACAGGGUAUGGAAACAAUACGAGAGUUAUACGGACGAAGAUACCGGCCACAUCUAUGAGAGAUCUCGACGUUUACAGAUGGAAAAUGAUAUGAGGAGACAGAUGGAGCUACGGGAGGCGCUGCACAAGAGACUUGAUAUCCAUAACGCUGAUAUUGAACGAAAACACGCAGAUCAGGCCUGGGAAGAUUUUUUGUACUAUCAGAAUCUAUGGAACCGAAAAAACUUUGAUCCAGAGUCAAAGUACUAUGAAACCAAGAUGGAGCGAGAGUUCGAAGAGCGAAAGGACAAAGAAAAGCAAGCUACAGGCCAAGCACCAGACCCUGUUGGUGAUCCAGCAAGCAACACCAACAAGAAACCGACGGUAGUAGAUCAGACUAAUGCCCUAGAUGAUCAUUAUCGAAAUUGGCUAAAUCACAUGAUUCUGAUGUAUACCAGACUCAAACUCAGUUAUCUCAACCACUACGAGGUACAAUCAAUCAAACGCUUCCGCAAGGGCAGCUUCGCUAUGAGCAUUUGGAAGAACGCUUUCCACGAAAAAAACUGA